AUGACCUCAGGACAAACUGUUUACUGUGAAAAUAAUCUUAAUGUUUCAUUGCUAGACAAAAUUAAUACAGAAAUCCCAGUGGACGAGAAAAUAUGUUUACACAGCUCGCAGUCAGAUUAUUUAAUUGGAAAUGGAGUACGGCAACGGGGAAAUACUAUGGAUUGCGAGGAAACUCCACGAUAUUUUAUUCGCCCAUUUAAGGAGGGUGCAGCCACAAUGUCAUCAUUUCAGACAUUUAUUAAAGAAGUAACUUGGCUUUUUCAUCAGCGAGAGGCCCAGCAAACACUUUUUCUUGUGUCCAUUAACCUAAUGACCACCCUCCUCCUGCUUUCAUGGUGCCACACUACACGCAGUAUGGGACCAGCUGACCAUAAAAGCUAUACAGCUCCUCUGACUCAGAAUAAAAGUUUUUCUGAAUCACCACUAUCAAUCACAGCAAUUUACACCCCUUCUCUCCACCACGAAAAAGUUUAUAAUGUUUCUAGAGGAAUGUUAAGUGUUGGUGGUAUCCUUGGCUUAGUGCUACACCUGGGUAUGACCACACUGGCCCACAACCCUCCACUUACACAGGUAUUAAGAGCAUCCCAGUCAUCACUUCUUCAAGAACAUGUUGCAGAUAUGUGUCAGAGUUCGCAACAUGUUCCAGCUUUAACAAGAAUUCUUCUGCCAAAGAUAUGCAAUAUUAUAAUAAAUUGAAAUGGUUUUAUAUUACUGAUUAUGUAGUACCUGUAUUAUAUUCAUUUCAGUAACUAUCAAGCAGCAGAUAGUGUGGCAGCAUUGGUCAUUGCAAGUCUCACCAUUACCACAAUGUUUCCAUUGUGUGUCUGCUCAGCCAGCAUUCUGCUCCAGACCACCCCAGUUAGUGUUUUUGCACAACUGGAUAAAUGCUUACGUGAAGCACUUACCUUAGAUGGAGUCUUAGAAUUUCGUCAUGAAAAUUUCGGACCUGGAGGGGGAAAGACUCUAGUCCAGCUGACCACUAUCCCUGAAUUACUUCGUAAAAGUUAUCGUGCUCGCACAGCAGCAGCACCUUCAGAAAUCAUUUGUCUCCAUGCACUCCUAUCUGACAUGCUUGCUGGAUGCUUAAAAGCUCAUGUCUUCAAGGAUGACUGGACACGGAGCUCAACCACCUUGCAGCUGUUAAAUGAUUCUGCAAGAGCUUUAGCCACUUCCCCCACACACUCGCCUCAUUAUGUCAAUGUUACUUAUCCCCAGGUUUAUGCAUCUAAUAAAGCUCCUGUAGGAAAUUCCUUUUUUCAACCUCAAGCAUAUUAUCCAUCCCAUCCACAGACUCCAUUUUCCCUCUCAGUAGCUCAGGGACAAGUUGAUGUAAACUUGCCUUCCCAGCCUUCCAGCAUUCCUGGAACUUUAGUUAAUUUAACUGAUGGAAUCAACAGAAGUUUUUUAGAUAACAGAAUUUCCUUUAGCAAUAAUCAGAACCAAGUAGAGGAAGUAUUCAGUACCUCAGACCCUGUGUUAUAUGAGAAAUUAUAUUCAGAAGGAUGCAGAAACUCCAUAGGCUGGUUGACAGGAAAAAAUACAAUCACUUUACAGGGCUGGACACCUGAGAAUAAACAUAAACAUAAAACAUCUCCAUAUUAUGUUAAUGUGGAUUUCUCUAGCAGAUCAAAUGUGUUGUGUGAUUCCAAAGUAGUAGUUUCAGAAAAUAGAUUUAACAGUAAUGUCAAUCACAGUCCAAGAUAAUAUUAAUUCUAAACAUAGUAUUUUAUAUUUUCAUUGGUUAGGUCCAGUAUACAUUUAUGUCCCCAUUAUUUAAUGAGCUAUAUUUUCCACUGGUAAUAUUCAGUGUAAUAUUUACCUGGGAAAACCAAUCGACCCAGUCUGUAUGCAAGUUUUAGUGUUGACUGUUCUGGUUUGAAUAAUACUUUAAUUUGCAAAAAAAAAAAAAAAAAAAAAAGUGGACACUAUCCACAUAUUAAAUGCUAGAGUUGAACUAGUUUUAUUUAUAUAGGGGCAACUGUGUUGCAGGUUCAUAAAGGUGCUAAGGUAAUGGAAAUGAGCAUUUGUAUACAGUAUUACCAGUAAAAAUUUCCUAAGCUAAUAAAGAGAGGACAUUGCAUUUCAUAUUUUGUGCUCUGCUCGAGUAUUUUUAGUACACAAAAUUUUUAACAAAUAUACUGUAUAUUAAAAAAAGUUUACCUAAUUAUUGAAAAUAUUACAGUACAUUUUUAAAAAUACAUCUCUUAUUGGUUUCUCCAUCCAAAUGUAGGCAUAUAAUUUAGUCAUCUGAAAUGUUCAAUUAAUUGUAAUGUACCAUGAAAGAUUAUAUUUUUAUGUACAUGUUUAGUAUUUUUCAGUAAUUAAACUAAUUACAGAUA